CGGCAGCUCCUGGCUCUCCCUGGUCGUUUGCUCCAACGUCACUACCACCAUCAAAUUCGGUAUCAGCGACAGUAUCCCAGGCCAGCGCAAUGCAUAUUUCUCGCCCUAAUUACGCAUUAGACCGCUACGCUGGCAGGUAUGCCUUUACUAAUGACGAAGGUGAUGGAAGUUCUAUUUUGGAGUUUAAUGCUAUCGAAGAACUAAGUCAGAAGCGUAAUGAAGACUAUGGCAAUGAAUUUGAUUUUUUGAACUACCAUGAACACUCAUAUCAUGAAUUUGCGCCUAUUGAGCCGUCAUCACAUUUUUUCAUGAACUCUUUUGAGUUAUCCAAUCUAACAGCAAUGGAGAACGGCAGUGGUAGUGUUGCUGGGAGUGGUACCUCCAUUGAAAAAAUGUACCAAAAGAAGUCGCAAUUGGAGCAUAUUCUAUUGCGUCCCGACACGUACAUUGGUUCAGUGGAGCACGUAACCGAAACCAUGUGGGUAUACAAUGAGGAGAAAAAUCGUAUGAUACAGCGGCAAGUCACUUAUGUGCCCGGUUUGUACAAGAUCUUCGAUGAAAUUCUUGUGAAUGCCGCCGAUAACAAGCAACGUGAUAAAUCUAUGAAUACAAUUAAAAUUGACAUAGACGCGGAAAAGAAUAUCAUUUCUAUUUGGAAUAACGGUCAAGGAAUACCAGUUACCGUUCACAAGGAGCAUAAAAUGUACGUUCCGGAGAUGAUUUUCGGUCAUCUUUUGACUUCUUCGAAUUACAACGAUGAGGAAAAGAAAGUUACUGGCGGUCGUAAUGGUUAUGGCGCAAAGUUAUGUAACAUUUUCUCUACCAGCUUUACUGUGGAAACAGCUACUAAGGAGUACAAAAAAAGUUUCAAACAAAUUUGGGCCAAUAAUAUGUCGAAAACAACACCGCCGAAGAUUAAAGAGUUUGCUGGUACUGAUUUUACGAAAAUUACAUUCAGUCCUGACUUGUCCAAGUUUAAAAUGGAUCGCCUAGAUGACGAUAUUGUUGCUCUGAUGUGCCGUCGUGCUUAUGAUAUUGCCGCUGCAACGAAAGGACUAGCUGUACAUUUGAAUGGCAAAAAAUUGCCUGUAAAGAAUUUUAAAGAUUACAUUGACUUAUAUGUAAAGAAUACUGAAGACUCAGGACAACCAAUUAAAAUUGUUUACGAACAAGCUGGCGAACGUUGGGAGGUGGCAUGUUGUCCAUCCGACAAUAACUUCCAGCAAGUUUCCUUCGUAAAUUCAAUCGCCACCACCAAAGGUGGCCGGCAUGUUGAUUACGUUGUCGAUAUGAUCAUAAAGCAACUAAUUGAAGUUGUAAAGAAGAAGAACAAAGGUGGCAUUACAAUAAAGCCGUUCCAGGUACGCAAUCACAUGUGGGUAUUCGUUAACUGUCUUAUCGAAAAUCCCACAUUCGAUUCGCAAACCAAAGAGAACAUGACAUUGCAAUCCAAAAGUUUUGGAUCGAAAUGUACUCUAACGGAGAAGUUCAUUGCAAACGUAUCAAAGUCAGGUAUUGUGGAAGCCGUGUUAUCGUGGGCCAAAUUCAAAGCACAGAGUGAAAUCGAUAAGAAAGGUGGCAAAAAGUCUUCGAAAAUAAAGAACUUACCUAAACUUGAAGAUGCAAAUGAGGCUGGAAAAUCAAAUUCUUAUUUAUGUACGCUUAUUCUAACUGAGGGAGACUCAGCCAAGUCUUUGGCCGUAUCUGGUCUGGGUGUUAUCGGGCGUGAUUUGUACGGUGUAUUUCCAUUGCGUGGUAAACUUUUAAAUGUGCGCGAAGCUUCAUUUAAGCAACUUGCUGAAAAUGCUGAAAUAAAUAAUUUGGUGAAGAUUAUUGGCUUGCAAUAUAAGAAAAAGUACACGACCAUGGAGGAUUUAAAAACCUUACGUUAUGGAAAAGUAAUGAUAAUGACUGAUCAGGAUCAGGACGGUUCACAUAUCAAAGGAUUACUUAUAAAUUUCAUACAUACCAACUGGCCAGAAUUGUUGCGUUUACCGUUUCUUGAGGAAUUCAUUACACCAAUUGUGAAAGCCACUAAAAAAGACCAAGUACUCUCCUUCUAUUCACUACCUGAGUUCGAAGAAUGGAAGAAUGAUACGCCAAACCAUAACACGUUUAAUAUUAAAUACUACAAAGGUUUGGGUACCUCCACUUCUAAGGAGGCUAAAGAGUAUUUCCAAGAUAUGGAACGUCAUCGAAUCGUAUUCAAGUACGAUGGUAGCGUGGAUGAUGACGCCAUUGUAAUGGCUUUCUCUAAAAAGCAUGUAGAAGACCGUAAAGAAUGGCUAACAUCGCAUAUGGACGAAGUUAAACGUAGAAAAUUGCUUGGUCUACCAGAACGCUAUUUGUACACUAAGGGCACCAAAAACAUUACAUAUUCAGAUUUUGUUAAUCUUGAACUGGUGCUCUUCUCCAAUGCGGAUAAUGUUCGUUCCAUACCAUGUCUUGUAGACGGAUUUAAGCCGGGUCAACGCAAGGUCAUGUUUACAUGCUUUAAACGUAACGACAAACGUGAGGUGAAAGUGGCGCAAUUAUCCGGAUCGGUGGCUGAAAUGUCUGCCUAUCAUCACGGCGAGAUGUCGCUACAAAUGACUAUUGUUAAUUUGGCACAGAAUUAUGUUGGGUCCAACAAUAUUAAUCUAUUAGAACCACGUGGUCAAUUUGGUACUCGUCUACAAGGUGGAAAAGACUGUGCGAGCGCUCGUUAUAUUUUCACAUUGAUGUCACCAUUGACAAGGCUUAUAUUUCAUCCGGCUGACGAUCCAUUGUUGACUUAUGAAGUCGAUGAUGGUCAGAAGAUUGAACCACAAUGGUAUGUGCCAAUCAUACCGAUGGUGUUGGUGAAUGGCGCUGAUGGUAUUGGAACUGGAUGGUCCACAAAGAUCUAUAAUCAUAAUCCCCGCGAUAUUAUACAAAACAUUAGGCGAAUGCUGGCCAACGAAGAGCCCGUGCCAAUGCAUCCAUGGUAUAAAAAUUUCAAGGGUACUAUUGAUUACAUAUCCGAUGGCCGCUACAUUUCAUCGGGAAACAUACAAAUUGUUCAAAAUAAUAAAAUUGAAAUAUCCGAACUACCCGUCGGCACUUGGACCCAAUCGUACAAGGAAAGUGUUUUAGAUGUGCUUUCCAAUGGUGAUAAAGGAAAAGCGGUUGUUGCUGAUUAUAGAGAAUAUCACACUGACACGACGGUGCGCUUCGUUAUUACAUUCACAGCUGGUGAGUUCGAACGUUUGCAAGCUGAGGAGGGUGGAUUCCAUCGCGCAUUCAAACUAACAUCCUCCAUGUCCACCAACCAAAUGCAUUGUUUCGAUCAAAACAAUUGCUUACGCCGUUUCCCCACGUCAAUUGACAUUAUCAAAGAGUACUUCCCAGUACGCCUAGAAUUUUAUUCCAAACGCAAGGAAUAUCUGAUAGGCCAAUUAACUGCGCAGGCGGAUCGUUUGACCGAUCAAGCUCGAUUCAUAAUGGAGAAGUGCGAUCGUACUAUUAUUGUUGAGAAUAAAAAACGAAAAGUCAUGAUUGACGAACUAAUCAAGCGUGGUUAUAAACCCGAUCCAGUAAAGGAAUGGCAGCGGCGUAUACAAAUGGAAGAUGAGGAAGAGCCAGAUGAUGAAGAGGAGGAGGCGGAGGAGAUUGCUUCCAGUUCGGCAGUGAAGAAAGAGAAAAAACCCGUCGAUCCGGAGAAGGCAUUCAAUAAGUUGACCGAUGUAAAGAAAUUCGAUUAUCUGCUCGGCAUGUCCAUGUGGAUGCUUACAGAGGAGAAGAAGAACGAAUUGUUGAAGCAACGCGAUAUAAAGUUAGCAGAGCUUGCAGCACUCAAGGCUAAGACUAUUCAAACUUUGUGGCUAGAUGAUUUGGACGAUCUCGAAAAGAAACUUGACGAAAUCGAAGAUCGUGAGCGCCUUGAGGAAUUGGGUAUUAAUAAAAAACAAGCAAAGGCAUUAUCUGCCAAAGCAAAGGCGUUGAGUGGUACUUUGAAGAAACGUGCUGCUAAAGGCGGUAAUGAGAACAUUUUCCCAGAUCCAAACGGAGUUAAAAUUGAAUUCAAGGUUACCGAAGAUAUAAUGAAAAAGAUUUCGACUGCAGUUGCUCUUGCCUCCAGACCGAAAGUUAAGAAGGAGAAGGUAGAAAAAGCUGCUAAGGCUGGAAAGGUGGAUAGCAUUGAUGAAUUUGAUGCAAUGGUUGAAGGUGGAGCAAAGGGACCGAAAGGUUCACCGGAAGCUAUGAAGAAGACAAAAGCUAAGGCAGCAGCAGCUGAUGGGGAUGGAGAAAAGAAAAAGCGAGUUCGUAAACCCAAAGGAGAUGGAAUGAAACAAACUAAGAUAAACUUUGGCAAAGGGCGUAAAAAGAAGCGUAGUUCUUCGGAUGAAGAAGGUGAUUUGGGAUCAGGCAGUGAUGUCGAGAUGAAUGUCGAUGUUGCUCCACGUGCUGACCGACCUGGCCGAAGAGCAACUGCCAAAAAAAUUAAUUACUCUGGCCUUCUCAACAGCGAAGAAGAACAAAGUAGCGAUGGGGACUUGGAGUUCAGAGACAAUGAAGGUGUUAAAGAAAACUCACAUCACAUGGCACACAUGUCUGACGCUGAGAUUAGUAGUGAUGCUGGUGAAGCAAACGGUGACAACGCGUUAGUAGUUAGCGAUUCGGAUCCAACACCAAUUAAGAAAAAGCCAACGGCAAAACGCCCGCGAAAGAAGGCGAUGCCAAGUGAUAGUGACAGUGACAAAAAGAAAAAGAAGAAGCGAAAGAAUGAUUUAUCCGACAGUGAUGAUGAUGAUUCAGAUUUUGAGUGUUAAGCGUUUCCAACCAUAUUAAACUUAAAAAAUAAGACUUGAUGUGCAAAAGAGCCUGCAGCGAAUACGAGUAAAUAUGUAUGUGACCAAAAGGGCGGUAGAACUAAGAAAAUGGAGAGGAGGCAAAGUUAUCGUUAUCACAAUGUAAUUUGGAUUUACAUCUGCUCUACAUUCACGUUGAAUAAUCGUCUUUAUUCCCACCGGCUACCCUCAAAGGCACUUGCAUUCCACAAAAGCAAAAAACAUCAAAUUAAAAGGGAAUAUUACAGCACUGUGUUGAUUUCUGCUAAACUUAUUUUGUGCGUAUGUCUCAAUUUGAAUCCUUGUUGAUUGCAUUGUUUUUUCAGACAUUAGGUAACUUUCUUUUGAACACAAAACAUAAAACAUAUGGCACAUGCCACACAGAUCAUAGUAUCUUUACUCACUCGCCUUCCUAUUUGCCUGUUUUUAUGAUUUCAUCUUAACAUAAUUCUUUUUUCAUUAAGAUUGGUUAGUAUUUGUUCGUAUUUAAAUGUCUAUAUUUCAAUAAUAAUUGCAGUCGCAGCUUACUUGAAAA